AUGGCCAUCUCGCUCAUGUGCCUGGCACAGGCCUCGAAGACGACAAUCCUGCAGGGCCCCGCCUCGCCCACGUCCCCACGGCGACUCGCCGGUCCGAGCUCACCAACGCUGGCGAAGGGCCGCACCCCGAAGACGCCCAAGACGCCAGCUCGCAGGACACCGGCCUUCUUCCCCGAUCAGGAGGCGUCUUCAACGCGCGUCAACAAGCGCCAGAGCACAGUGCGGUUUGCCGACGAGGAGCUGUCACCAAGUGACAGCCAAGAGCCAUCAAGCCCGGAUGCCGGCAGCGCCGAAACCAGCGAGCGAGUCUUCAACAUUUUCGCCGCUCGCUACGGAAGCUUUGGACCUCCAGUCAGUGCUCUAAAGAAUCAGAAAUGA